GCUGUAUGAAUGCAUUUAGUAUACAGCAGUACGUAAAUAGAGUUAUUAUUCUACAUGUAAUGACAUACUGAUUAAUGCAGAAAAAAACGGAAGACGUUUAAAAAUCUUUUAAUAUUGGAAUUAUAUUUUGUCAAGAUUUUCUUUUGUGGAAGUUACUGGUGUAAUUUAAUCAAGAGGCAAACGUAAUUUGUGAUAUUAAAAAUGAUUUUCGUUUAGUAGAAUAAAUUCAAGAGGAGAACAUGGUAAAGAACGGUUGAUGUAGACGGAUAUCAUUACCUGUUAUUCAACACAUUUUUAGAUAUGACUUCCAAGUAAAACUUAAUUCAGACCUUCAUUAUCAGAUAGUUUUUAUUAUCUUACCUGUUUAAUGUAAUAUCCAUGUCACGUCGUGUAGGAAUAGGCACUUAGGGUUCAAAAUUAUUUUGAGACAAUAAAGUUAAUCUUUUCGUAAACAGCCCAUCAGGAAGGUUAGGCAUUCUGGAAUGUUUUUUAUAUAUUAUUUAAUCUGUUUAUCGGUCUAAGUAAAAAGUAUUACACUAAUGAAUGUUGUGCCAGUAUACUCCUUGAAUGUGUUUUGGCUGUACACACAUUCCCUAAAAUUGAAACAUGGGAAGUGAUAUUAAUGGUGAGUGUAAACGGAAGAGAAAAAAUGGCAGUAUUUCAAAUGGCCAAGAAGAUUUAUUGAUAAAGAAAACUAAAAUCUUAAAUGCAAGCAACUGCUCUGUCCUAGAGGAAGCAAAGUUUCCUAGAUUGUCUGUGCCAUUCAGCAGUAUCCAGAAUCCAAUUAGCAUUGAGCAAGUGUCGGAACUAUUGCAGUUUGCUGCUUUGGGCAAAUUGCAUGGUGCAAAGCAACCAAGUUGGUGCCGUCUUCAUCAUCAGAGGAAGCUUACUGGUGUUAAUGUGAUCAUUGUUCAAGGUGUGAGCCAAUUACACUUUUAUAGAUACUUCCUCCACUUUAAAAACAUCAGAAGGAUAUACAGCCAUAAAUUUAGCUUGUCAGCACUGCCACCUCCUGAUGAUUUUCUGUGCAGAAUAUUAAACAUGAGAUUUGAAGAAACCAAGACACCUGCAGAUAUUAAAACACAUUUUUCAAAAGAAACUUCAUCUCAUUCUUCCAAGCAUGUUAGUGCUGCUUCAGCUUUAGACCUGAAUGUUGAUCCAAUAAUAAAGAGGUAUGGAGCAGAGAAAGGAGGGCUUACCAAAUAUUUACUAAGCAAAAAAGAAAUGAAAAAGAAUGAUUAUCCAAUGGAGGGUUAUCCUGAUUAUAAAGACUAUGUAACUACAAAUUGCACUGGCCCAGUUACAGAUGACAGCCCACUUUUCGGUCUUGAUUGUGAAAUGUGUGCAACAGACAAGGGAAUGAAGUUGACACGUGUCUCAUUGGUGGACAACAACGGGCAGUGCAUAAUGGAUGAACUUGUGAAACCAAAGGAAAGGAUUGUUGACUAUCUCACAAAGUUUUCUGGAAUAACUGAAGCUCUACUGAAGCCAAUAACAACAACUCUCCAGGAUGUGCAAAAACAAUUAAAGAAGCUUCUGCCCAGCAAUGCUGUUCUUGUUGGUCAUUCCCUAAAUUUUGAUUUGCAGGCUUUGGAGAUGACUCAUCCAUAUAUCCUUGAUACCUCAUUGCUUUUUAUUCGCAAUUUUGGCAGAAAAUUAAAGCUGAAGUUCUUGGCAGGAGCUGUGCUGGGAUGGAGAAUUCAGUGUGAAGCAAGAACUGGUCAUGAUCCAUGUGAGGAUGCUAUGGCAGCACUUGGAUUGGCUCAGUAUUUUAUUAGAGAAGGACCCAAACAGGUGGCAGAACUAAUGCUAGAUGACUUGCUAAGAAAAUAUCAGAACUCUGAACACGACCCAUCCUUUGUGUACACAGAGCCAGUUCAGCCAGAGGUUUUCAGUAGACAUCAAAAAACACUUGGCAAUGGGCUUGAAAGUAACAGCCUCCUAGAUUCUCUCCACAAAGUGAAUUUGCCAGGAAUUUAUAUUGUUAAAAAAGAUCAUGGUAAUAACCUACCUUGCCAGGAGGGGAAAUUGCUCAGAAUUGAGUGCACAUCUGAAAAGGAGGUUUUGCAAGAAGCCAUGAAAGAAAUCCCAUCAAGAUUUUUUAGCAUUGUGAAUUUUUCCUCUUAUGAGCAGUCUCACCAAAUGAUGGUGGAAAAAGUAGCACAGAUGUGCACAGUUUAUGCAGGACCUUUUGAUAAGGAUUUUGAAAUGAAACGUGUGAAGAAGCUCUUUCUGUCCUGUGGUCCAAUAACCUCCAUUAAUUUAAUUAAUGGGACUCUUACGCCUUUUGUGUGUGUUGAGUAUGAAGUGCUAGAAGGAGCACAUCUAGCGAUGGAGUUUCUGAAUGGCUAUGAAUUGAAUGGCAGCACUAUAAAGGUGGUGAGGCCAGUAACAACAGCAACACUAGAUUAUGACCUUGUCCUGAAAGAGCUGGAGUCGGAGGCAAGAAAUGAAAAUGUCAUCUUUGUGUCUGGAGUAUCCAAGAAAUUAACUGAAUCUGACCUUCACCAUAAAUUCAGCACAUUUGGACAGAUUGAAGGUGUCUUUCUACCAAGGGACCAGUUAACAGGGAAGCAUCGGAAGUAUGGCCUUAUAAAGUACCAGACAGCAUUGGGGUCAACUUCAGCACUUUCAUCUGAGGUGUUUCUGCACAAAAGGAAAAUAAAGAUGUGCUGGGCCUACACACCUUUCUACUUGCACACUUGGACCAACCGUAAUUCCUAUGAUACUUUACAGAUGUCCAGUACAACAAGAACAUUGCUGCCAAAUGUGAUAUCAAGAUUCCAUGAUCAAAAGCUCCAUAUGGAGGAAAACAUUCCUAGGCAAAUGAAAAAAAUCGACAGGAAGGUGGGGAAACUUUUCAAGUCGCUUCCCAUCAAAACAUUUUGUCUGCUGCUAUUACCAGGGCAAGACAGAUCUAAUGGAAGUCUGCCUGGCCUUUGUAUGACUUCAAUAAAGCGCAUCCCGUCCAAUGCAUUAGGGACAUCAUGAAGAAGACUUUUAGUUGUUACAUCAUGGGACCUUCGGCUUAGAGGACAAAACUUUUAUGAUCUACUAUUUAUUUAGUUUAACUUUUAUUCUGCAUGGCGGAAUUAUUGCCAAAAUUGCUUUUAUUCAAUUAUGCUACAUUUUUAUAUUCGGCUACAAAUAAAAGAAAAAACAACUUGAGGUCAACCUCCUCCCCCAAUCUUUUUGGAAAGCCAGAAGGCAGAGCACCGAGAGAAGGUCAUAAAAGUGUGUCGAGUCACUGCAGGCGCAGCCAACUCGGAGAUGCAGAGGUGCGCGCGCGCACGAGCG